CAUGCGUGUAUUUUAGACACUGUUCGUCUAACAGUGUGAUUUUUUAACAUCAGGCAUAAAACACGAUAUAUUUAAACACAAAAGUAAUUUUUACACCACUAACAUUUUUCUCUUUGAAGCAUUAUUUUUAUACACAAUAAAAAAAAAAAAAAUGGUUUUUUGGUUGUGUAGUCCUUUUAAUAAAAUCAUUUGAAAGGCGGGAAUCCUUAUCUCAGACGUGCACAUAUUAUCACAAUUGUCAUUAUGAUACACCUUGCAUACGAUAUUAUAUUAUACCACAGAAUAAAUUAAAUUUAACUUAUCUUUGAUUAUUUUGCAUAGUACAAUCAUGCUACUCUGUGGCUAAUCUUUAGAACACAUUUUGCCACUUUUAAUAGUUAUUAUUUAUUACUGCAUUUUCGAUUCAAAAAUGUUGAAUUUAAUGUAAUGUAUUUCAUAUAGUCCAUGAUCGGGAAUAUAGUCCAACAACUAACCGUGAAAUGGUUGUUUCUUGUUGUGUCCGGGGUUGUAAGAAUAGAGGAAGUGGUUCAGUGCACAAGAAAAUUAAAUAUUUCAGAUUUCCUAAGGAUGCAGUGCGUAGAACGUUGUGGGUGAAAGCAAUUUCCAGAGAAAAUUUUGUGCCUGUAAACCAUAGGGUUUGUAAUGCACACUUCACAAAUGAUGAUUUUCAAGAGAUAUCCAAUAUUACGAAAUUAAAAAAAAAUGCUGUUCCUAGUGUGUUCAGUAAUUGUUUGGUCAAUGUGAAACCAAUUGUUAAGAAGAAAUUAGUUUCUUUUGAUCCAGUUCUAAAACCCAUCAUACCACUUGAAAAUAAUCAUAUUGAUUCAUGGGAUCAUACUUAUGUACAAAAAAUUCCUGAGGUAUCUGCAUUUGAGGAAACAUGUUCAGAUAAUAUACCCAUUGAUCCAUCAUUGUAUAUGAUUCAAACUUUAAGUGUAGAUGAAAACAUUAUUAAUGAACCAAAUUUGUGUAAAUCAAAUGAAAUAGAAUCUUGUAUAACAGACGAUAUUAAACAAUUUGGAAGACAAUAUUUCCAAAAUAUGCAAAAAGAUUGGAGGAAAAUCUCAUUAGCGCAAUCUUAUACUAUAAGAGAUUUAAGGAAAAAAGUUAAAAUUCUUCAACAAAAAGUUAGGCGAUAUGCUAUAAAAAUUAAAUUGUUAAAGGUUGUUGAUUGUAACAAAUUUGAAUCACAGCCAAAAAAGCGGAAAAUAGGCAUUGUUGUUGAAACUUGAAGAGCAUCUAACCUUUCAAACAUUUUUAAAAAACUAUAAUUAUUUAAUAAUCUAUCUCGUAAUUCUUUACAAAAUCAUUACCUUUGUAUUAUAUUAUUUUUUAUAUACUAUAGGCAUGUGAUAAUUUU